GCGGCGCGGAGGCGCAGCCCUUCCAGAGCUUCUGCGCGGGGGCCAGGGCUGUCUUGGUUGCCCUGUGCGACGGGAAGGGUCCGCGCACGGCUGCGGCGAACGGAGCGGCGCCUCCCGUCCAGGCCGCCCUCGCGCAGCUGCAGCAGGGCAUCGACGACUUCGCGGCCCUGAGCCGCGAGGUCUGGGAGCUCCACGCCUACUUCGUCUUCCUCGACAUCAAGGGCGACAGCGCCCUCCUGGAGACGGUGGCGACGCAGCUCUGCAAGACCCUCAGGUGCUCAGCGAAGUCCUUGAUCGCUUGCACCGAGCGGACGGAGCGUUGGGUGGAGGAGGCCCUCGUCAUGCUGGCAAAGCAGGAUGGCAGCGAGAUGCUUCAGAAGCGUCACGCGGCGGCGCUGAAUCAGUGGCGACUAGCGUGGGUGGAGCUCAUGCGGCAGGCUCCGGAGCUGCAGCGCAGGCUCGCGUUCAGAGACGAGGAAGAGGAGCCCGGCGAAUGGUUUUGGGCCAGAUACUUCCAGCGGGUUUGCUCGGUCACUUGGGCUGAUUUUAUCAGCGGAUUCCAGGACUUCUAUUUGCGCGGGCACUGCCCCGUGGACAUAGCCGACCAGCUUCGCGCUGAGCUUGACCCUCGUUUCUCGCACAUUAUCCGGUACUCGGACUGGAAGAGUCUCGCCGGAGGGCACCCUGACGUCGUUGGCCUGAUUGAUUCUCUCUUGGACAAGGCGUUAGCAGAGGUCGCCGAGCGCAUCUACCGCAGGCAGCCGCUGGACCAUGGGCACCUGCUCGGGGAGGCCGCGCUCCAGGCCAGUCCGGUGGCGGAGGCCGGCCCAUCGGCGCCGCAGCCCGACUCCGAGCGCAGCUCGCCGUGGUGUCCAGCGGGGGUGGGCGCCGUGGGGCCCGUCGAGGUCGACCGCGCCAAGGGCGGCGCCCUGGGUGACGCAGAGGACCCGC